AUGUUUGGGGAUGGGGUUGAUGUACAGGCUGUGGAGGUAUACCUUUUGACCAUAUGCAUCUUUCAUCAACACCUUGAAAACCGUUCGGAACCUCUUUCCGAAGUACCCGUGAAUUCCCGAUUGGAAACAGAUCAUUAUUCUCGAAUGUCCUCGACACUUUUGUGCCUUGAAGCCCUCAACUUUGAGAAUCCACGUGUCUCUAAGGCUUCGGUAGAACAUCUAUGCGCCAAAUCAGCACAGGACAGUGUCUCAAGGAACCAGGGCGAUGUGGAGUUGGGGUUUGGGCGGGUUUUCUAUCUCGGUGGAUUAUGUUUGUUGUAA